AUGCUACAACAAGUCUCACGCCGAGUCGUACAACAAGUAUACGCUGCUGAGCAGCACGAAGGUGUCAAUGUCAUUGUCCGUCGUGCGCUUGGCAACCGCGAGCUGCGCAACCUGUCUCCCUUCCUCAUGCUCGACGAGUUCAACGUCGGCGAGGGCUCUGGCUUUGCGGACCAUCCCCACCGCGGCCAGACGACAGUGACCUACAUGCUCGAAGGGUACAUGCAGCACGAAGACUUUGCAGGGCACAAAGGCAACAUUGGCCCCGGCGAUGUCCAAUGGAUGAUGGUCGGCAAGGGUAUCAUGCACGCCGAGAUUCCCAAGCACCGCGACGAGAAGGGCAACAAGCUCCCUUCGCCGCACGGUCUCCAGCUCUGGAUCGACUUGCCGCCAGAAGCGAAGAAGGCCGACCCGUCUUACCAAGAAUUUGUCGGCGCGAAUCUUCCGUCGGCUACCCCGCGUUCGGACGAGCCCGCUGAGCGCGAAGGCAAGGGCUGGCACGUCAAGGUUGUCUCUGGUGUGAGCCAUGGCGUCAAGUCGCCGCUCAAGCUCCCGCAAAACGGCGGCUGCUACUAUAUGGACGUGCGCCUCGAGCCUGGAGGAUGGAUUUUCCAGGAUAUUCCGCACGGCUGGAACGCCUUUGUCUAUGGCAUGGACGGCCAAGUUAAGAUUGGAGACUCGGACAAGAUCUUUGAUGCACACAACACGCUGGUUCUCUCGAACCCUGCACUGCAUUCCGAGACAACCGACGAGGCCAAGCACGUUCUGAGCAACACCGAUGGCGUCCGCAUCGAGAACCUGAGCCAGGACAAGCACGCACACGUGUUUGUGAUUGCCGGUGAACCCAUGACGCACGAAGUCGUACAGUACGGUCCAUUUGUGAUGUCCUCGAGGAAAGAGGUGUACGAGGCCAUUGAGGAUUUCCAAAAUGCACGCAACGGCUUUGAGCGCGCGGCAAACUGGCAGUCUGAUAUUGCCAAGACCCUGCGCCACUGA